CAAAAAUAUUUUUUUGAAAAAAACUCAAAGUUUUAUUUUUCUAUACACUCUAAUAAAAACCAAUCUUUGAUAACUUUCAAACAACAAAUAAAAAAAAAUGAACAACUGCAAAAAGCUAAAGUGAAAUCAAUUUCACAACAAGAAACCAAGAAGGCUGAUUCAUUCUACCAACUAACAAAAAAAAACAACAAGAAAAAAAAUCAUUUUUCGUAAUAAAAGUUUAAUUUUCCCAAAAAAGUUUUCCCCAAUCAAAGUCCUGUAGCGGAAAAAAUGACAGAAUUUGUGAAGGAAUUCAAAGAUCCCGCGAUUAUCAAGUGGAAAUGGCGAACAGAAGUCGUUCAGCAAUAUUAUUGUGAUGCUCUUAGCGAUCGCACUUGGGAGUUAUACGAACCUCACGAGUACAUUUACUUGGCGAAAAAAGUAGCUUUUGCUAUUUUCGGUCUGCCGCACGACGAUAACAUCGACGAACGCGGCUUGGAGGGCUACGAACCCAAACAACGUGAAAUCGCCAACAAAAUCAAGGACAAAAUUGUCGAACUCAAACCCGUGGAUAACGACUUGCAUGUUGCUUUUCUCUUCGUUUGUUGCAAAUUCGAGGACGAAAAAGAAUUCCCGGAGCCCGUUUUCCGGGUUUUGCGUCAUCACGAGAACGGCAUCGACUAUUCGCACUACAUUGACACGUGCGGGCGCGUUUACACAGAUUGGCAAAAAUUUUUGCAAAACAACAUCCUGCCCGAAUGCAUCUUUUGCUACCCCGAAAAUGGGUAUUACGAGUACGGCGAGGACGGCACGACAGUCAAACUGGGCUUUGCAAUGUCGCCUGCAUGCUCAAUUUCGCAGAAAAUGCGCAAGUAUGGCGAUACAGCGGGCACAGUUUUGUCCUUUGCAGCUGCUGGCGUCGGAGUUUCGACACUUUUCACUCCAAUUGGGCCAAUUGUGGCACUUGGCGCACUUGCCACGGGCAGUUUGACGGGCGUUUAUGCAGGAUUCAGAGGUGCUGAGACCGUAAUUGAUCGAAAAACGCACGGGCAGAGCAUAAGUUUGUCCGAUUCGGAGGCGCGGGGUGUUUGGUUGAACAUUGCUGCGACAGCUUUGGGCACGGUUGCUGGUGCCGCAAAUGCAGCUUUGUUGGCAAGUGCAAAGGCUGGCGAGGUAUUUUCAAAGUCAGCUCGGGCAGCAAUCAACGUUUUGAACAUCAGUAAUGUCUCUGUGAACAGCGUUGUGAUUGCCGAUCGCUUGGUUUAUAUGAUCGAAAAGUACAGAAAUGGCAAAUUAUCGACUUUGGAUGUCCUGCAAUUCAGCACGAGUGUAUUUUUCUUCACAAAUAGCUUGAUAUCGCUUAAAACGGCACGAGCGAUGAUCAAAGAUGCACAAGCCGAAGUAAUUGGCGAACACCAAGAAACGCUUCCAAUGGAAUCUCUUCCGGGAUUUAAGGCUGACUUACGGAACGCUCGCAAGGAAGCCCGUUCCACGAUGUACGGCAACGGGCGCAUCAUCAAACGCAUCAAUCGCGUCGACUCCGGCGAACCUCCCGUACAAACUCUCACACAACCCCUCGGCAUCGCAGGCGACGACGAAGCUGUAGAUGCCGUAAAAUCCAAACUUCCCACGUUCAAUUUGUUCGCACGCUCCCCCAGCGACCCAAUCAACGUUGGGGCUCCCUCGCAAGUCGCUUCCAUCAACCAAGGUCGCAUCUUCCAAAUCUUUUCCGCAGCUUCCGGUGCCGCCAAGAUGCUCGAUCAGCUUUGUUCCGAACAAAAUAUCGGAAUUUUUCGCGCCAAUAUCAACACGUGGGUCGACAAUGCGUGGCGCGCCUUCAAAACCAAAAAAUGGAACGAACUCGAGAUCAAUGGCGUGAAAAUUUUCAACAAUUUGCAUCCGUUCGAGGAAGAUCGCUUGGGUCAGGUCAUGCAAGCACCCGGAAAUGACUUUAAUCCGGAGGUAACAGAUGCCGCUGUCAACUUUGCCAAACGUCAAAAGUGCAAAAAUGCCACGGAAUUCGUGAAUAUCGUUGAGCAAGUGUCGAAUUAUGUAAACGACAAUGCUCCAACUCCCGUUGUUCGAAACCUUCUAUUGACAGACUUGAAAAAUCACAAAAGCGAGUCGUACAAAGACCUUGCAACGCGUUUUCAGAUGCACACGGAAUUACAACCGUUCGCCAUGACGUACCACUUUUACCGUUACACCUCGAAUUCGUUCCGGGAAUUGACCCAAUUUGAGGAGCAUCUCAAAAUUUGCCGCGAACUAUUUGGCGAGGACGUUAAUUCAAACAAUGCCAUUUUCUCGGAAACGCACGAGGGACACGUGACUGUGACAUAUAUCGAUGAUAAAGACACCCUUUAUUCGAUUGUGAUUGAGCAUUUGCCACAUGCCGACGACAUUACGUACUUCAAGACGACAGUAUCGAUUUUAGAUGAGUAAGCAGAUAAUUUAAUAAAACUAAAAAAAAAAAUGUGAUUAAAAAAUGCGAGCAAAAAUGUGAGCAAAAAAAAACAACACUUUCGAAGCCAAUUUAAGACAAAAAAGCUUUUUGAUAACACUUAUUGAGAUGAAAGUCAAUUAAAAAAAAUGAAAUAUUUGUUAGAAAAUUAUUUUUUUGCUGAUAAAAUCUGUUUGUUAGUGAUUUUAUGUGAAAUUGUUAAAAAAAUAGUUAUUGUUAGAAAAUGUCUAUCCUAUACUAUUAGGGUCUGAACGUGUUAUU